AUGGUCCAAACAAGCAACAAGUACGAUUUUGUAAACGAUUUUUACAAGAAAUUUAAUAAUAUCCAGAAAGGAAGAAUACUUAUUGGAGGUGACUUCAACAUAACGGGCGACCCAAAUAUGGACACCACAUCAACCACCCAACGUCAUCAACCUGCCUUGAACCCCUUUCUUCGGACAAACAAUCUCUUCAAUAUUUGGAGAUGCCAGCACGGUAUUGAACGGGACUUCUCCUACUUUUCCUCUUCUCAUCUCUCUUAUUCUAGGAUAGACUCCUUCCUUGCUGACAAGAUUACUCUUCAGGAUGUAACUGCAUCAUCGAUCGGUUCCAUUACGUGGUCAGACCACGCGCCGGUCUCCAUAACAGUGGGGAACCGUGUAUCAAAAGUACCGUUUAUAUGGAGACUUGAUAGUUCUCUCAUCGCAGACUCUGCUCUCAGUGACAAUCUUCCUUUCUCCAAAAUCACCACCCUCUUGAAAUGGGUCGAAGAACUGAAUCUAAAAAGAGCAGUCAGUGUAUCGACCUUUUAUAUUUAUGGUCCCUGGGUCAUGGCUUUUGGCAUGCUGUAUCAGGGAAUCAGCAACUCCAGAUCAGAGGUUAUGGAGGAAAAAAAUAUGUCCAAUAUUACCAUGAUCCAACUAUUAGGACUUCAGACUCCACACAGUAUAACAUUUUUGAUUUUUUUGAUUUUGCUUUUGAUCUAUUGUGUGACAAUAUGUGGAAACCUCCUGAUCAUCACACUGGUGUCCUACAGCAAAUCCCUCCAUUCCCCCAUGUACUUCUUCCUCUCCCAGCUCUCCGCAUUGGAUAUCUUACUGGCAACUAACAUUCUUCCUAACACACUCCAUACUGUGUUGAUGAAAGGUUCCAUAAUAUCAUUUUCUGAUUGCAUCAGCCAAUUUUUUUUCUUUUGUGUUUCUGAAGCCUCAGAGUGUCUUCUUCUGACAGUGAUGUGUUAUGACCGAUAUAUGGCCAUCUGUAAACCAUUGCAAUAUGCUUUAAUAAUGAAUGUUCAUCUCUGCUGGACAAUGAUUAUCACAUGUUGGAUUUUAAGUGUAAUACUAUCAUUGAUUCUCACUUUAACAAUAUCAAAAUUAACAUUUUGUGGUCCCAAUAUAGUUGAUCACUUUUUUUGUGAUCUUGAGCCAAUCCUACAACUCUCCUGCUCUGAUCCCUUUAUGGUUCUAUUUGAAGUGACAUUGAUAAUUUUUGGUUCUGUUGUCAUCCCAUUCUUUAUCAUCAUUGUAUCAUAUGUUUAUAUUAUAUUCAUAAUUUUUAAAAUCCCGUCUAAUACUGGCAGAAAGAAAGUUUUCUCAACAUGCAGCUCCCACCUGACUGUUGUUUGCAUUUAUUAUGGUACCAUAGUUUGUGUUUAUUUGGUACCCCGUAGAGGACAGUCAUGGGAUAUCACUAAAUUUGUGUCAUUAGUGUACACUGUGGUCACCCCACUGAUGAAUCCAAUUAUAUACAGCCUGAGGAAUAAAGACUUAAAAAGUGCCACAGCUAAAAUCUUCAACCACUGUCAGCACUUGCAUUUUAGAAAAUUAUGAUAACAUUUUAAUAUGUUUAAAUUGAACUUGCAGGUUGGAUCUUGAUGUCAAAGAUGAAACCCAUAACAGCUUAUUCCACAUAGUUACAUAGCUGCAUAAUUAAUCUGGUUUAAAAAUGAGUCGAUCCAGUUUAACCAAUGGAAUAAAAAAUAAUAAUACAAGAAGCACAAAUAGGAAACCUCCAUAUACACUCUCCGAUACCCACAGUUCAUCCAGAGGACGUAAAAAAACAAACAAAAAAAACAAUAAAACAGGAUCUGAUU